GAACUUCUUGGUAUGUAAGAUACUUACAGGCCACAAAAAGAACAGUAUUGUUGCUAUUCCAAGAAUAGAUUUGUCACCAAGCGAAACAACACUACCAUUCCGCCUUAAAAGAAGGCUGUUUCCUAUAAUACCAGCAUUUGCAAUGACGAUACAUAAAGCACAAGGACAAUCAUACGGUCGUGUUGGUAUUUACCUUCCAGAACCAUUGUUCACACAUGGUCAAUUAUAUGUUGCUUUAAGUAGAGUUAGGAAUAAAGAUCAAUUAAGGAUUGAAAUGUCUGCCAAUUCGAAUAACUGUGUUGACAAUAUAGUUUAUAAAGAGCUAUUAUAA